AUGCUCCCGUCUCCGGCUUUUGUCCUCACUAAAAAAAGAUACAGAAUUAAGUAUCCUGACCACCAGAAAAGAAAGAGAAGAACAAACAAUUUUAUUUCGGCCACCGUCCACCCAGUCCCCGAUCUCACCAGACCUUCUCCUCCCCAAACCUGCUGCAGCCGCUCACCCACAGAGAAGUUAGUCACACGCCCCAACCCGCGCAUUAAGGCCGGGCCGGGCGGUUCCCCCUCCCCACACCGCCGGGCCGGCCACGUGAAGCGUUACCCCCGACUACCACACCGCCCUCCGCCCCCGCGCUGCGGGCCUCCUCGGCAGGACACGUCGUCGCCGCCGCAGCCGGACGCCGGCCAAGAGGCCGAGCACCCGCCACCGGCCCGCGGGCUCGGGCAGGAGACCCGCUCCCGCCCGGCACCCUGCCUGACCGAGCGGACCGGGACAGCCCGCCCCCUCCCCGGCCUCCCUUCCCCCAGCGCAGCGCAGGCUCCCUCAGCGCCUCCCGGAACCCGCCAGCGCCUGACUCACCCGCCGCCACCGCCCGCCCUCGCAGGGCCCCGCUCCCCCCUCCUCAGCGCUCCCCAUCCGCCUCCCUCCCCCCCCUCCUCCUCCGGCGCCGGCACCCGGGCCAGAGAAUCGCGCCCGAGCCCGGGCGGGCCGCUCGGCGCCACUUUCCCGCGCACUAGGCCGGAGUGCGCCAGCGCCAUCAUCCCUCCGCGCUCUGCCCUCGCUCCCCGCCCUCGGCCCCGGCAGCCCCCCUCGCCGCCGAGGCCGUCCCGGCAGUUACCUGGCGGACUCCCGACCCCGCUGCGGCAGUAG